GAGGAGGUGGGAAUGCGAGACGGGAAAGGCGAAGGACCUGUGCAGCUACCGAAUUGGACAAAUGGUUUACGGCUUCGUUUUCUUGUGUGAUCACUGCAGAUAAAUAUUGGAUAUGUCUAAUAGUUAACAAUAUCUUAUUUUUUUCCAUCUCCCUUUAUUUAUUCCAAUAUUCGUGGAAGACACCACGGACAAACCACUGGACACUGGGGCUCCGGUCAGCUCGCAUUGCAUUGGGUAUAAAGGUGGCAGAGAGGAUAAUGGGAAUAUAACAGCUGUCAGAGAGUUGUGAUUGGCUAACUGACAGCUGGACUGCUGUCACCGCUCUAACCUUGGCAUUGCCCUGCCAUCUCCCACCCCCAACCAGUAUGGCAGAUACCCUGGACAUGUCUGGCCCUUCCUCUCCGGAGCAGCAGACAGCCAAUAGGAUCCUCAGUGAGCCUCUAAGACGAAGCCUGAAGCGCUCUCAUCCCUGCUCCCUCUCUGAAUAUCUCAACAACACUAACAGACUACCCCACCGCCAUAGCUCCAGUAGUAUGGGUGUCAGGGGCCUCCUCCAUCCCACUGCAGCCCAGCACAGGCCAACCCAGCCCAGGCAGACCAAGCCUCGCCGGGCCCACUCCUCCAACAUAGACCUCUGGGACUCUCCCAGUGGUCUUCACCUGGCACAUGCUGCAGAGCUGCUGAUGAGGGCUGGGGCCUUGACACUGACCCCCACACCCAGGGACCAGGGCCCUCUGGGCGGGCUGGGGGCCAGGGAAGCUGGGGUGGAAGGGGAGGAGAUGGAGGGGGGGUCCGGGGCUGAAGGGGACGGCACGGGUUGUGUGGCAGACUUCCUCCCACUGCUAGGCUGCUCCUGGUUCCCCUUGAACCCAGGCCUGUUUGCUCUGAUGGCAGGGGGAGGGGGGUUCCUGACUAGUGGUGGGGGGUCAAUGGGGAUAGCUGGCGUUGGGGAGGGUGUGGAGGUGUUGCGAGGCGAGAGCUCGUCCACUGGCGGCGGGGGAGCUGGGAGAAGGAAGAGGAAGCGAUGCGGGGAGUGUGUGCCGUGUCGACGUACAGGGAACUGUGAAGAGUGCAGCGCCUGCCGCAACCGUAAGACCGGACACCAGAUCUGCAAGUACAGGAAGUGUGAGCAGCUGAAGAAAAAGGCAGCCACCGGAUUCGAGAAGAUGGUGUUUCCAUCAGGAGCAGCAUUUCCAUGGCUACAAUAGGAUUCCGUCUAUUUGGAAUGUGAUCAUGAACAUUGGCACUCUGGACCUAUAAAAGAAAGUCAAUUCAGCUGACCUUGUUGGAUUGGCUUGGAGAGUACAGAACCUUCGACAAUCAGAAGUAUGAAGAUGAAAACCCAAUGAAAGAAAAGAUAAGUCACACCAAUGGAUUUAGAUAUUGUCGGGCCAACAUGAAGCAUCUCAUGAAGCACAGAGUAUUGUAUAUGAAUAGAAAAUGUUAUUCCUUUUUAUAUUCCAUUUUUGGAACAUUUUGUCAUCGAAGCUUCUGACCUGGAUGUUUCCGUAAAAGCCAAACCAAGAAGGACAGACUGGUCAUAAUAUGAUGUUUAUGUUUGUUUUUCUAUUCAUGUCACAGUUAAUAAAGAAUGAGUAGUAGAUGUACUUAGGUCAUGAUUAGUGUCUAGUUCUUACAUCUCUACGGUCUGCCUUCUGAAUAAAGACAAGGAAACGGCCUGUCUACAGUA